CUCAACCAAUUAGACUGAUGCAUCCCACUUCCUAUCACAUUGAACAGACACAACUGCGGAAUAAACGAGGAGGGCAAGAGCAGGCUACAAAUAACGAUGAAUCAAAUUCACCUCAAGAUUUGGAAUAUGGUGAUCCAGCCUCCACCAUAAUGUCCCCGUUAUCAAACUCUUCUCCGAUCGGCUCCCCUCCUACAAAUUCAUAUGAACCUGAUGAAUAUAUUGGUAUGAGUCAUUCUUUAAAACAUGUCGGUAUUGGCAGUGGGGGUGGCAUCGGUAAUGGUGUAGAUGCAAGUGGUGGUGUGGGUGGUGAUCUUGAGAAUUCUGGUGGUAUACAUGUAGAUACUGGUUCUCAAUUUGGUGAAUCACCUGGAACACAACCCUCAAUUUAUUCUCCUGGUCCAGACAAUACAGAUUUCUUUUUUGAUACAGCCGCAGAUUUUUCGACAAGUGCUCCUGCAAGGGCAUUAGACUUAAAAACAAUACCUACGAAAUUCUUUAAUAAUCGAACGCACAAUAAUAGCGGAUUUUCCAAUCAAUAUCCAGUAAGUAUGUCACUACCUGUCACACUCAAUCAACCGGGUACCGAAUGGUUUGGCACUAGUUUGGAUCAAUCGAGCGGAUUCGCUGCAGGUGCACAUCCUUCAUCCAUACAAUUUCCCACCGGUGACAUGCCGCCGAUCAUGAGUGGUGAGUUUUUGCAAGAAGACGAGACUGCAGAGAAGCGUGCUCUGAUGAAUGAGAAACGACGUAAACGACGAGAAUCACAUAAUGCUGUUGAGCGACGUCGCCGAGAUAAUAUAAAUGAAAAAAUUCAAGAACUCUCCACAUUACUACCCGACCUGUAUAAUGAUUCGGCCAACAAACCAAAUAAAGGAGUGAUCCUGCGUAAAUCAGUUGAUUAUAUUCGUGACCUCAAAAAGAUUGUUGAUCAACAAGGUACACGAAAUCAAGAAUUGGAAGCGUUGGUUCGUGAUCUUCAGAGUAAAAUGAAUACAAGUAGUCUGGACGGCAGUACAUCAUCCUCACUCGAAGAUCAAACAUCAUCAAUGAACAUGUUGUCAUAA